UCGUGUGCCUCAUAAGAUUUAUCUACCUUCAUGACUAACAACACGUCUGCAUGUUUUGUGCUUCAAAACCCAGCACGUCGUUUUACCUAAUGCAAAUUCCCGCUACACUGUCUCUUGAAGAAGAACAAAAAAUCAAAUUCCAAUGCUGGAGGAAAGGGGGUUGAGACACAAGAAGAAUCCUUCCAUCACAAAUCCAAGGGACACGAUAAGACUAAAAAGCAAAAUAAGGAAGCCAAGCAGCAUUACACCGCUCCGCCCACGCAUCGCACGAGACUCGCGCCCGCGCCCGCGCCUACGAAAGAAUUGGCGCCGAGUCCUCACCACCGCCCACCCCCCCCUUCUUGACUCCGUGCUUUACUUACUUGGUUUUGGCUGGGCGGGGAUGGGAUGCACAUCGUUAUUUCCUGGUGCUCUUCCCCCUUUUCUUUUUUUUUGCCUUGGUCACGAGAUGGGACCCCUUGGUGGGGGAAUUUGUUGUUGUGUAGAUGCGUGCGAGUUAGGGAUGAACUUGGUUUACUAUAUGUGAGGAUAUAUAUAUAUGUGUGUGUGUGUGUAUGUAUGCAUGGUUGUGUCGUUCAGAUGAAAUAUGUGUAAGUAUGAAGGGGGGGGGCAAGGAGUGAGUGCAUAAUUUCGCGGCGGGGGGGUAAUACGAGACGGCAAGAAAGAGAUGGUUGGUGGGGAGAACAGCUAUUCCACAUCUAAUUCCCUCUUCUCUUUUCCCCAGGUGCAGAAAAGGAAGACCGCCAUCUCACUUCUGUGCUUU